UGUUCUCUCCAUCUUCCUCUUCUUUCACGUUUUCCCCUUGCAGUUAUAUGUUUUUUUUUCCAGAAUUUAAGAUCCUUUCUUUGCACAAAAGUAACUAUAUUAUAAAAAAAAAAACAGAAAUUUCACUUUGAGUUCUUGAAAUUCCUUCAAAUUAUUAAACCCCUUUGAAUCAUUUCUCUUAUAGGUAUUUUGAAGAACCCAAGUUUUUCUUUUUGGUAUUUUGAAGAAAAGAUGUUGGGAGAACUCAUCACCAGCAGUUUAGUAUUGGUUCUUGGAUAUGCAUAUCCUGCUUUUGAAUGUUAUAAGACUAUUGAGAAGAACAGAGUUGAAAUUGAAGAACUCAGAUUUUGGUGCCAAUAUUGGAUUAUUGUAGCACUGUUGAGAAUAUUUGAGAGCAUUGGUGAUGUGUUCAUGACAUGGCUACCAAUGUACAGUGAAGCAAAAUUGGCACUUAUAAUAUACUUAUGGUAUCCAAAAACAAAGGGAACAAGAUACAUAUAUGAUACAUUAUUGAAACCAUAUGUGUCAAGGCAUGAACCAGAUAUUGACAGGGGAUUUCUAGAGUUCAGAACAAGGGCAUUUGACUUGGCUAUUUAUUACUGGCAAAAUUGCACUGAAUUGGGACAAGCAAAGUUCUUUCAAUUGCUUGAUUUUGCUUCUCCAUCUAGAAAAGAUUCGCAGCUUAGCUCUGAGCAAAGAAAUGGUACUGACCAUUCUCGUAGACCGCCACCACCUUCGGCCCCAUCAUCAUCAUCAUCAUCGUCAUUCGGGUUCUUCCGGAGAAGUAAGCCGUCAUCCGACAGGAGGCAACCACCACCACCAUCACCACGAUCAGAUAGGAGGCAACCACCACAAUCUCCGCGGUCUUACUCCUCUCACCGGUCCAUAUUCUAAACCGGAAACGGUCCGAGUACAUCCGGAGGAUCUUCGAUACCUAGACCCGGAUUAUCUCAAACCCGGUUCGGA